GGUUUUCCUUUUAGUCUAAAAGUCUUAAAGAAAACAUCAACAUUUAGAUGAGUUUUGAUUGUGGUUACGUUGACACCUUUUGGUUGAGAAAAUUUCAAAAAUCCUCAAAUAUAAAAUUCAAUUUAAAUUCAAAUAAAAUGGUGGGAAGGCAGGAAGAAACGUAUCUUUAUGACCCUGAUUUGUUAUUGAAAUUGGAUUUCCAUCAAAGUCCUGCUAAAUUUAAUCCAUUUAUUUCUGCCGCUUGCCCAGGAGAAUCUUGGCUAAAGGUUCGCCCUUUAAAGGAUGGCGAUUAUGAUCGUGGUUUCCUGCAGCUACUAUCGCAGUUGACACAUGUUGGUCCUGUCUCUAGAACGCAAUUUUUAACUCGAUUUUCACAAAUGAAAGCCAGUGGUGACUACUUUGUGACUGUCAUAGAAGAUACACGCAAAAAUGAAAUUAUUGGCGCUGCAUCCUUGAUUAUAGAACGUAAAUUUAUACACAAUUGUGCUAUACGUGGUCGUUUGGAAGAUGUGGUGGUAAAUGAUACCUAUCGAGGCAAACAAUUGGGUAAACUUAUUGUAGUAUCAGUUUCCCUGUUGGCCCAAUAUUUGGGUUGCUAUAAAAUGUCUUUGGAUUGCAAGGAUAAAUUGAUAAAAUUCUAUGAAACCUUGGGUUAUGUUUUAAUACCCGGCAACUCCAAUUCCAUGACCAUACGUUAUGAUGAAUCUCCCGCUGUUAAACAGAAUUUAACAGCAUUUAAUGGCGCUGGCAGUGAAGCUUGUCAAACCGUGAGCCUCGAUUUUAACUCUUGACAAUUAGCCGCCAGUACUGCCGCUAAAUCAAAACUUUAAAAAUUGUUUUAAUUAUAAACAAAUACAGCUGUAAAUAUGACCAAAUAAAACGCCAUCAAAUGAUUGUAAAUACAGCUGCUAUUUUUUU